GCGACUGCCUGCACCUUGAAAAAAGGCACAUUUCAGUGCCAAUGUCUCUUUAGUACGGAUUAUUCCUAAGCUUAUUCCUUAUCCUCCCACUACCCUCCCUAACAGUGUAGGUGGAUUAUCCUGACGUAUGUCUGCGUCGCACCCUAUUUACCAGUAUCAGCCACUCCCGCGAGAUGACUGUAUCCGACUUCUUGUUUUACUCCCCGGAUCCUACGAUGAACCAAAGCUGUCUUGCCGGCUCCUCUCUGUCCCGCUCGAGGAAGCACCCUCCUUUGAAGCACUCUCUUAUGUAUGGGGAACGCCAGUAAACACUGCUGUGAUCGACUGUUGCCGUGGAUACUUGCCAAUCCGUGCGAAUCUAGAAACGGCCCUUCGACAACUCCGACAUCGUGCUGAAACGAGAUGGUUAUGGGUUGAUGCUCUCUGCAUCAACCAAGAGGACGAUAGUGAGCGUGGAAACCAGGUUAGAAUGAUGGGGCUUAUUUAUUUCCAGGCUACUCGUGUUGUUAUUUGGCUUGGGUUGGACGAUACUCAGUACGAAGAGGAUGGUGUUUUCGUCCAGGUCCCGGCUUCAGGAGUGUUCGAGACCAUUUCAAAAACUGCACAGAGAAUCUUUGAAGACAUCGAACGUUUUGACGUCAUAAAAUCGAUGCCGGUGGUUACCCUAGAUGACCUUGGACGGUACGACAUCACCAAAUGGAAACACCUUUCUUCAUUUAUCCGGCUCCGCCCAUGGUUCCACCGUGGAUGGGUCAUUCAGGAGAUCGGACUAGCGGGUGAUUCCCUUCUAGUUUGUGGAUCCGUAGAGCUCGGCUUCUGGGACUAUAUUAUUUUCGUUCGCUGGCUCGUGACUCAGGGCCGACUCCUCUGUACCUUCUUUUGCAUCGACGUGAGUCACCAGGAGCUUGCUGCCGAAUACUGGCAGUCAGUUCGUAUGCACCCAGAAUAUUUGGAGCAUCCCAGUGAUUUCCUAUCAGUCCUUGCAGGAGCGAGAGGGGUGCAAUGUACGGAUGAGAGAGACUACGUAUAUGCCUUUCUAGGGCAUCCAUCUGCUUUCCAGACUAAACCUGGAGAUGCUGAUCCAUAUCUGGAUUACAAAGCGAACUAUACCAAGCCCACCAUCGUGCAGCCGAACUACGCCAAGGCAGCUGAAGAGGUAUAUAUGGAAGUUGCUCAGAAGCUCAUCCAUCACAUGGGCAAUCUGGAUGUUCUUUGCUACGUGAACCACACCCAGGAGACAUUCAAUGACAAGUAUCCAACUUGGUUCCCCCGCUGGAAUCUUACCUUUGCUAAAUCAUGUCUGGGGCUUAGCGGGGAUCACUAUUAUUCCGCAUCUAUGGAUUCUGUGCCUACCUUCAGUUUUCAGUCCAGUGGUAGCUUGAACCUAAAAGGACACUACAUCGAUGUCAUCGACUGGGUGAAUCUCAUCCCAGAGGGUUUCGGAGGUGCUUUGUAUUCCUCACUUGUACCUGAUGGUUCACCGCCACCGGUCCAGGACCAGCUAACAUCUCUUUGGAACAUGUGGAAGUACCGAGCUUGGCAAAAAUACAUGUCCCGCACCUCACAGCGCCUUACGCCAGCUUCUUUCGCCCAUCUUCAGGAUAAUCGAAAUCGAUCAGACUUCCUGUACACUCUCACAGCAGGCUUAAUCAACAGGGAGUCUGCAGAAAACAACUCCGAGCAAUUUCACGCAAAUGUCGCUGCUUUUGAAAGGCGCGUGGCAUCGGCCUCCGAGUCCAAAAACACUCUGACACAACCCAGCCACACUAGCGACAUGGCCGGUAAUGCCACAAGAUUCCUAUUCGACCUGGAAAUACAUGCCGAGGGCCGCGUCUUCUUUAGCACAAUGGCUGGUCGCAUUGGCCUCGGGCAUCUUCUAACUAAGGUUGGAGAUGAAUGUUGGAUUAUUGCUGGCGCGGCAACGCCGUUCCUCUUGAGACCUUCCGGGGGUGGAUGUAAAGGGCAGUCAACGGAAGUAGGGUAUAAGAUGAUUGGGGAAGCGUAUCUGCACGGUGUGAUGAGGGGUGAAGCAUUUAAGAAAGAGGACUUGGUAGAUGUUGUAAUUUACUGAAGCAGAGGAAGUGAAUUUCGAAUAAUGUCGCAUUACGCAUAUGUGACCACAGCUGCGAAUCAAAGUUGCCUCUCAGCGUACAAGCCUUUGGUAUGUUGAUAGAUUGAGGUCAUUGAGGGACAAAAAUCUGGCAGGAAUACAACCACAGAAAGAAAGUGAAUGAGAGACGCGGCGAAGCGACAAUGUACCAGGUAUCACAAGUUACAAGGUCUACUCUCUGUAAUAUGCU